AUGAAAAAUGAAGCAGAUUGGAAUAUUGAUUUAAAUGAUUUAUUUUUAUUGGCACUUAAACGUAAUCAAGCAGACUUUGUUGAAUUAUUUCUUUAUCAUGAUUUUCCAUUGUCUGAUUUAUUCAGUGAUAUUGAUAGACUUAUGAUCUUUAUACUUAUAAAAAGAACGAAUAGUUCGAUUAAAGAUCCAUUACGAACCUUAUAUGAAAAAAAAAUACAACCAUUUAUAACAAAUUUUCUUGGUGUUUGUGCUGCAAUUUUGCAAAAAGAUUUCCUGAUAAAUCCUACGCCUAAACAUGAAAAUGAUGCUAAAAAAAUUGGUUGUUGUGGAACAAGAUAUUUUAAUCAGUCUUUAGGUAGUACCUACGAUGAUAAUGAAAGAACAGAAAGUAAAUUUUGCAUAUAUGAGUGA